GUACCAAUAAUUAAAUUGCCCAACUUGCUGCGAUUAACAAACAGAAGUUAACUUUAAAAAAGAAAGGCUAGAGAUAAGCUUGCAAGCCUAUAGAAUACAACAAGAAAUCGUUAAAUCCCCAUUAUUUAAGAUGCUCAUCCGCUGCCACUCUGCAAAGCUCUCCUCCAAUGGCUACCCAAACUCACGGCCAGCUUCGCUUCCUUCUUGUUCCUCUGAUGUCCCAGAGUCAUCUCAUCCCCUUCACAGACAUGGCUAAGCUCCUUGCCCACCACGGCAUGGCCGUUUCAAUUAUCAUCACACCUCUCAACGCAAUCCGAUUCAAUGAAAUUAUAGAUUAUGCUAAACAGUUGAACCUCAGCAUCCAAUUCAUCUCCCUCAAGUUCCCUGGUGCAGAAGUCGGACUGCCCGAGGGAUGUGAGAACAUGGAUUCCCUCCCUUCUCCAAGCUUAGCCCCAAAAUUCUUUGAUGCAAGUAAUAUGUUACAAAAACAGCUAGAAAAUUUGCUUGCAGAGUCAGAAAUAAAGCCUGAUUGUAUCGUUUCUGAUCUUUGUCUCCCUUGGACUUCAAAUAUCUCGAUUAAGUUUAACAUUCCAAGGCUCAUCUUUCACACAGUUUCAUGUUUUUGUCUCUUGUGCUGUCACAACAUUGAACGCCAUAAAGUUAUGCAGAGUAUCACAUCUUCAUCGGAGCCAUUUUUGAUUCCUGAUAUCCCUGAUAAGAUUGAGUUUACGGAACCCCAACUGCCUAUGACAAGAUCAGACCUUUCAGAUGGUUUUCGAGCCCGCAUGACGACGUUUAGAGAAGCUGAAGAUUCGGCAGAAGGGAUUUUGGUGAAUACUUUUGAAGAGUUGGAACCCAGAUAUGUUGAAGAAUACAAUAAAGUGAAGAGAAUUUGGUGCAUGGGUCCACUUUUCUUUGCCAGCGAUACGUUUGCGGGAGAAAAUUAUAACAAGGCCCCCAUUGACCACGAGGCCUUGCAGUGGCUUGAUUCGAAGCCGCCAAGCACCGUAAUUUACGUUUGCUUUGGUAGCCUUUCACGCUUGAAAUCUCAACAAUUGAUGGAGAUUGGACUGGGAUUAGAAGCCUCAAAUCAUUCAUUCAUCUGGGUUAUCCGAAACGGAGAUCAAUUAACGGAACUGGAGAAAUGGUUUGAAGAAUACAAGUUUGAAGAGAAGAUUACAGGGCGAGGUUUGAUUAUUAAAGGCUGGGCGCCUCAAGUUUCGAUACUGUCACAUUCAGCUACCGGGGGGUUCUUGACGCAUUGUGGGUGGAACUCAACGCUGGAAGGCGUGACUGCGGGGAAGCCGAUGGGGACUUGGCCGAUGUUUGCGGAGCAAUUUUACAACGAGAAAUUGUUGGUGGAGGUUCUGAAGAUUGGAGUGAGAGUUGGGGUUGAGACGUCUGUGCCGUGGGCGGAGAAACAAAAGAUUGAAGCUUUGGUGGAGAAGGGAAAGAUUAAGAAGGCGGUGGAGAUGGUUAUGGAGGAAGGAGGUGAAGGAGAAGAGAGAAGAAGAAGAGCCAGAGAGAUUGGAGAAUCGGCCAAGAAAGCUCUCAAAGAAGGUGGGUCUUCCUACUUGAGCACGACGUCUUUGAUUCAACACAUCAUGAAAUUACAAAUCAGUCGUCAAUGAUGAAACCCAUUAAGUUUCAAUAUUUAUUUUUUUAAUAACAAGCAAAGGCUAAAGUUAAAGGUGCCUUUAAAGUUUACAAUUUAGAUUUGGCCAAAGGACUAUUUCCCAUCCAAAAUAUACUGUUAUUUC